AAGUUUCCCGCCCCACCCGUAAGAAUUAGGGUUUGACUGGAGGCAAGUGAAGAGCUGUUCAGUCUCCAGUUGCCCUCGGCUACUCCUCCGGUCGCUGGCGGCGUGAUUCCUGGGACUCAGAUGGACCACACAUCCCCAACCUACAUGCUUGCUAAUUUAACACACCUACACUCUGAACAACUUCUGCAGGGCUUAAAUCUUCUUCGUCAACAUCACGAACUCUGUGAUAUCAUUCUUCGAGUAGGUGAUGUUAAAAUCCAUGCUCACAAAGUGGUACUUGCCAGCAUCAGUCCAUAUUUCAAAGCUAUGUUCACUGGAAACCUUUCUGAAAAAGAGAACAGUGAGGUUGAGUUUCAGUGCAUUGAUGAAACUGCUCUCCAAGCAAUUGUGGAGUAUGCCUAUACAGGAACUGUUUUUAUUUCGCAAGACACAGUUGAAUCUCUCCUCCCAGCAGCAAAUCUACUCCAAAUAAAACUUGUCCUGAAAGAAUGUUGUGCAUUUCUUGAAAGCCAGCUUGAUCCUGGUAAUUGUAUUGGAAUUUCUCGUUUUGCAGAGACUUAUGGAUGUCAUGAUCUUUAUUUGGCAGCCACUAAAUACAUAUGUCAGAAUUUUGAAGCUGUUUGCCAGACUGAAGAGUUUUUUGAGCUUACACAUGCUGAUUUGGAUGAAAUUGUUUCCAAUGACUGUUUGAAUGUAGCUACUGAAGAGGCAGUUUUUUAUGCACUUGAGUCUUGGAUCAAGUAUGAUGUACAAGAGCGCCAGAAAUACUUAGCACAGCUACUUAACAGUGUGCGAUUACCAUUGCUGAGUGUUAAGUUUCUCACUAGACUUUAUGAAGCAAAUCAUCUUAUUCGUGAUGAUCGCACUUGUAAACAGCUUUUGAAUGAAGCCCUAAAGUAUCAUUUUAUGCCUGAACAUAGACUCUCUCAUCAGACGGUCUUGAUGACACGACCUCGUUGUGCUCCUAAAGUACUGUGUGCUGUAGGAGGAAAAUCUGGAUUGUUUGCCUGUUUGGAUAGUGUGGAGAUGUACUUCCCUCAGAAUGACUCUUGGAUUGGUUUGGCACCCCUAAACAUUCCUCGCUAUGAGUUUGGAAUAGGUGUUUUAGACCAAAAAGUCUAUGUUGUAGGUGGUAUUGAAAAUAAUGUGCGUCCUGGUGUUACUGUGAGAAAACAUGAAAAUUCAGUAGAAUGCUGGAAUCCUGAUACAAAUACCUGGACUUCCCUUGAAAGAAUGAAUGAAAUUCGAAGUACCUUUGGAGUAGUAGUACUUGCAGGAGAACUUUAUGCUUUAGGUGGAUAUGAUGGACAAUCCUAUUUACAAUCUGUAGAGAAGUACAUUCCUAAAAUAAGAAAAUGGCAACCUGUGGCGCCAAUGACUACGAAAAGAAGUUGCUUUGCUGCAGCUGUUUUAGAUGGAAUGAUAUAUGCCAUUGGUGGGUAUGGCCCUGCCCACAUGAACAGUGUGGAGCGUUAUGAUCCAAGUAAGGAUUCCUGGGAGAUAGUCGCAUCUAUGGCAGAUAAAAGGAUUCACUUUGGUGUGGGUGUCAUGCUAGGCUUUAUUUUUGUGGUGGGUGGACAUAAUGGAGUCUCGCAUUUGUCAAGCAUUGAGAGAUAUGAUCCUCAUCAGAACCAGUGGACUGUUUGUAGACCAAUGAAAGAACCCAGAACAGGAGUUGGUGCUGCAGUGAUAGAUAACUACCUUUACGUAGUUGGUGGUCACUCUGGGUCGUCCUAUCUGAAUACCGUGCAGAAAUAUGACCCUAUCUCAGACACAUGGCUGGAUUCAGCUGGCAUGAUAUACUGUCGCUGCAAUUUCGGAUUAACUGCACUUUGACAACAAGUAUGAACUUGUGGAAAUAGUGUGGUGAUGAACCUUGUGCCGCAUGAAAGGAUGCCGAAUUUUCUGAAACUCAAAAGCUGCAUUGCUUUCUUUUUAACUUGAAAUGGCAUGAAGACUCAAAUGUUUUGUUGAGCACUUUGAAUUGACAAGUAGCUCUGGUUGCUCUUGAAUACAUAGUGAAUCAAUAAUCAAACAAAAAAGGGGGGGGGGUGAAGAUCUUGCCAAUUGAAUUGUGCACUUUUUUUUUGUAGUACUGAGAAUAGUUUUAUGUUCACAUGUAUACAUGUGGAGAACACCUUGCUGCUUUUUUUGUUUGUUUAGUUUCAACUCUGUCCCUCUUCCUUGAUAUGCAUCACAAUUUACUAGGAUGAAAGAUGCUUUUUGCUGAGUGUAUUGAAUGACUGGACAGAGUGGUAAUAGUGUCUGUUGCUAUAAACUCACAUGCUUCACAUUUUAAACAAAUAAAGGGCUGCUUUUUUUUCCCCCUGGUACUUCAUAACGGUUGUAAAUUACAUGCCAUACUGGGUCCUUUGGAUAUUCUUCCUGCUAAAUAGCUUUUGGCCUGGGGAUAUAGUAAGUUUGCAGGACAAAUAGACUUACUGGCAUAAUAUUUGAUGACUUAUUUAUUUUAAGGAUAAAGUCAAAUAGUUAUUGUUUAUGCCUUUGUUGUAUGGGUAGAUUAAUGCUGGAUGAAUUUAGUUACCCAUCAUUGCUAUGCUAAGCAUGGAUAAACAGACACAUCAGUUUUGGUUGUUAAUUUUUUUUUUCUGUCAAUCUAUAAGAUUCCUGGUAUUGAUGUAAAUAUUUGACAAAUGUUGAUCAUCCUUAGUGCAUACUGAUUUUUAAAAGUAUGUCCUUAUAAUAAUUUUAGUUCUUUGCUUUUUCAAAGUGUUCAGAUAUAAAAAUGGUGCUAACUGUAGGAUUUCUAACGAGGCUAUAAUGAUGUUCUUUUGGAUGUUCAGUAUGAGAAAUGCAUGAUAUGUCUUGGCAGUAUUUUUUAUUUAAACUGGCUUGAUUCAUUUGUGUUCAUUUAAAAUGUUAGUGAUUUUAAAUAAAUAAAU